AUGGUUGGAAGGACUGCUGAGUAUCACUUUCCACAGGCUCAUGUCUACAUGAUGGCUAACCUGUUUGAGGAACCAAUGUCACCUGAGUUCUCCAAGGUCUCCAAGGAUGAUCCAGAUGCAAGAACCCUGGAACAAGCUCUGGUCGACACUGAGCACCUUGACAAGUGGAUUGCUGCCUUGGAGAAAGAGAUCCGUGAUCUUGAACCCCAUGGAACUUGGAAAGAAACACCUAUCCAAGAUGCCAAGGGAGACAUUGUUCCAGUGAUGGCUGUGGGUGUUGACAAUUAA